AUGCCGCCUUCCCAGUUGAAGCAAUUAAAGGCUUCACUACGGGAUCAAGGGCUGGUAGGCCCGCAAAAAUCUAAGAAGCAGAAGAAGCUUGCUGCUAAAGAUGCAGGGAAUAGACAGAAGCGGAGUGCCGCUCUCCACAGCAUUCGAGAGCGCUUCAACCCUUUUGAAGUCAAGGCUCCGGCUCGAAAGGAAAAAUUUGAGGUCGUGAGCCUGAAAGAUGGACGAACGAAGAAAAACGUACAAGGCAGGCCUGGUGUGACAAAGGGACUUGGGGAGGAGCGGCGGAAGGCUACACUUCUCAAGGAGAUCCAGAGUCGAAACAAAGUAGGACAAAUCGUGGACCGAAGAUUUGGAGAGAAUGAUCCUACAAUGACACCAGAGCAGAGGGCAGCAGAGAGAUUCGCAUGGCAGAGCCAACGUCAUCAGAAGAAGAGUUCUAUCUUCAAUCUUGAAGAUGAAGCCGACGAGAAUACUCAGCUUACGCAUAUGGGCCGCUUCUUGACAUUUGGCGAUCCCGAAACAAAGGACGAUUUCAAGGAGGACGGCUUGCCACUGUCUGAUGGCGGAAGUCAUGGACACAUAGAAAGAUCGGAUCUGGAAGACGACCUUGAAAGGCCAACAAAACGUCGCCGCUUGUCCGAAGACGAUGAGAGAGACUUAGGUGAUGACAAUGAGGAUAUUAAUGGUCUCCAAUUACCUGAAAAGAAGAAGUCGAAGCAGGAGGUCAUGAAAGAAGUGAUUGCCAAGUCGAAGCUUUACAAAUACGAGCGACAACAGGCAAAGGAGGAUGAUGAUGAUCUGAGAGCCGAGUUGGACAAAGGUCUCCCGGACUUCCUAGAAUCAAUACGAAAUUAUCGAAAGCCUUCUCCACCUCCUUCGGCCAUAGACAGAUCUGCGGCUUCUAUUAAUCCCGACAGGGCUGCUCUUCUUGCUGGCAGAGAUCGCGAGGAGGCUGAUCAUGAGUAUAAUGAACGAGUACGACAGAUGGCGAUGGACAGAAGAUCGAAGCCGAGCACACGAACCAAGACAGACGAGGAGAAGGCGGAAGAGGAGGCAGCACGUCUAAGAGACCUGGAGGAAAAGAGAUUACUGAGAAUGCAAGGAGCGCCAGAAAGCUCAGAUGAUGAGAACGGGCAAGAUAUCGAGAUACCCGAACACGUUGAGGAGGACGAUGCAGAAGCAUUUGGACUUGGUCAGUCAAAAAGGCCAAAGGAGAAUCUGGACGUGGAGGAUGAAGACGAAUUUGUUCUUGACAACGACCUUAUAGCAAGCGAUUCCGAAGCAGAUCUUGCGACAGAUGACGGAGUGUUGUCAGAAGAAGAACCGCUGCAACUUGAGGACGACGGAGACGAUGAUUUUAUCAAUGGGCUUGUUCUGCCGCCAGGUCCAACCUCUCAUGAAACCCAAUCUUCAAACGAUGAAUCAAGAGAUACUUCCCACAACAGGAACUUAUCAUUCACAUACGCCUGCCCUACAACACAUGAGGAGUUCUUAAAGAUUUUGCAAGGUACAGAUGUGAGCGACGUACCUACUGUUGUUCAAAGAAUACGAGCCUUCAACCAUCCUAAGUUGAACGCUGGAAACAAGGAAAAGCUGGAGGCCUUCUCUGCCGUUCUUACGCAGCAUGUCGCGUACCUAGCCGACCAAGAGCCAGAUGCCCCUUUGGCCGUACUUGAAAGUCUGCUUCGUCAUCUGCACUCGCUUGCCAAAAGUCAUCCUCAUGCAGUUGCCACCGCAUUCAGGGCUCAUCUCAGGGAUAUUGCUGACAAUAGACCUCUCAACCUUCGCGCGAUGGAUUUUAUCAUACUGACUGGAAUCUCUACUAUAUUCCCGACGUCUGACCACUUCCACUCUGUUGUCACUCCAGCCGGGCUAACAAUUGCGCGCUUCCUGGGUCAAAGUCCGGCAGUAACACUUGCCCAUCUCGUGAAGGGUGCAUAUUGCUGCACGCUUGCUCUUCAAUGCCAGAGUCUUUCCCAGAGAUAUAUACCUGAAGUAAUGGUCUACAUCCAGAAAGCGCUGUCGUCGCUCGGGACUGCUGGCUCGAUCAGUGCAGCGUCGAUCAUCCGAAGUCACCUCCCUGAAAUGUCUCCGUUGCGACUCCUCGAUGCUGAAGCUGAACCUUUCGCAUCGUUGCGUUUCCAGGAUCUCUUCGCUAAGCCCCCACCUUCAACCACGGAUAACACCUCUGAUGAUGACGCUCCUGAGGCCACCGUUACCAAUAACAAACUCAAAGCGACCCUGAUAUCUCACUUCCUCACCCUCCUCAACCACGCCGCAGACCUAUGGCGCCGUAAAUCCGCCUUCCCCGAGAUCUUCAAGCCCGCCACCCUCCUCCUCCAAGCCAUGCUCUCCCAAAACGAUUCCAACCUCCACCCGAGCCUCCUCACCCACCUCCAUACUACCCUCCAAACCCUCACCGCCCUAACCACCUCCUUUCUGCACACCCGCCUCCCCCUAACCCUGCACUUCCACCGCCCCCUCGCCAUCAAAUCCUCAAUCCCCAAAUUUGAAGAGUCCUACAAUCCCGACCACCACCAUGACCCGGACCGCGAACGCUCUCAGCUCAACAAGCUGAAAGCCGAACACAAGCGCGAAAGGAAGGGUGCGUUACGCGAACUGAGGAAAGAUGCAAAUUUCAUCGCGAGGGAGCAGUUGCGGGAGAAGAAGGAGCGGGAUGCUGCUUACGAGAAGAAGUUUCGGAGGCUGGUGGCGGAGAUCCAGAGUGGGGAGGGGCAUGAGGGGAAGGUCUUUGAGAGGGAGAAGGCGAGGAGGAGGGCGAGGAAGGGGUGA